CAGCUGGGCUCUUUCUCAUCACCAACCUCAGAAACUAAUCCCUCCAAAACACAGCAUAACAAAGUCAAAUCCACAUUCAACCUGUUCCCGACAAUCACAAACCACUGUGUCUCAAUUGUCACUCUCCGUCUAUUCUCCAAAUUCCGGAUCAAAACCACGACCCCGAAAAUGGCACAAGGAACCAUAAAAGCAUCCUCCAAAUCCACCGCGCCGACCGCGAAAUCCUCCGGCAGACGACAGAACGUGCUGGGUCCCAAGAAGGGAGCUCGGACGAUUGCGCCGCGGAAGGCGAACCUGGUGAGGAAUGCGAAGAUGACGAAGGUAUGUUUUUCUUUCCCUCCUAUCGCAUUACCCUUUUCUUGCCUCACUUUUCAUGAGCGCGUAUCUUUACUCAAGGAUAUGGGAUUGAGGCUGAUGGAAUGGUGUGAAUAGAAACAUUCCGCGGGUCUGAUCUCGAUGACGGAGCGCACGCUCGGUUCGAAAGCUGGACAUUUGGAGUUGCUGAAGGGUGGGAAGAAGAAUAAGGAUGCGCCGAAGGAGGGGAAGGAGAAGGAGAAGGAGGUUCCUGAGGCUAAGAAGGGGGGGACGAAGAAAUUUGGUUGA